AUGCCUGAAAGCGAGGGUCCGGAAGAACAAAGUUAUGCGCCUGUCGCCUUGAUCAACUCUGUGAUCAUACCUAGUCCUGAUACUUCCUGUCUUCCGGGAAAGUUGGCCUCUACUGUUCCUGGAAAGCUGAAAAGGCCCUCACUCAACCAAUCUCACAGAGGAACCACACUUGUCCCGCGGGGCGACGUUUUCGCCAUCGAUGCCUUGCCCGGACCCAAUUUGCAGUCAAGCUCUAGCUUACCACGGAGAGAACCCUCCAGAAGGUCAAAACGGAUUGCGUCUCCAAGACGCCAGCAGAGACAGAUAAGGACUGCCUCGAGACUGAACGGUUUCGACACAGAUGCCUCAUCCAAUCGUGUGGUUGAAUCACAUUCCACCAUGAAUCGUGCACACCCAAAGGAUAGACCCCAGGAACCUUCGAGGAAGCGCCAGAAACUCGAGUCAACUCCAGUCACUCGACAUCAGCUUCAUCGCUCAGCGCCCACAAUGCAUAUGUCUGAUCAAGAGCGCGAAGAGUCAUCUGCUCCCACUUCAACAAGGGGAAAACGAACAACACGCUCUACGAAGGAACCAGAGCUACUCGCGUUCGAUUUGACGCGACGUAGACAAGUCGUAGAGGUUGUGAUUGAUAAUGCCGCUUCGAUCCAGCGCCUGAGUCAUAAUGCACACACCGGCAAUCAGCCACCAUCUCGUCCGGCCGUUGUCCAAAAUCCCAAGCCUACAGUGAAGUUUCCAGUCCUGUCGACAAGUGUUUUGCACGAUCAAGAUUAUACGGAUUCAACUCAAGAAGCAGGUUCGAAGAAUUCUCCAUCAAACGAGGCUAACGACGUGCAAUCGAUCGUAGUGGAACAGGGUCCAGAGCCGCCCCGGGAAGACUCUGCUCUUUUUGCAUCGAAUACGCCGCCUGCAAGAGAUGCGCGGGCUCAGGCUGAGUUGCGGUCGCAAGACAUUCGAAGAGCACAUGAGCUGUACGAUACGGAUGGUCUCAGACUCAUGUCUGAGAGCCCCAUUGCACAGACUGAAGAUUUCAGAUAUGAGGCUGAUAGCUCGAAAGAUGUUCUUAUGCCAGAACAGCUGAACAGGGCUCUUGAAAACGCACACGAUAUACACAGAGAUGCUGAGGAUGAGUCGCUGUGCAAGGAGUUCGACGGUGUUCGAAUCCUGAAAGAUUACGACAGUCUGAAAAGUAUCAUCGGGCAAUGGAGGACCGCGCAGGAUUAUGGCCAAACUGACGAGUUGAUCCAAUUGUCGAAUCAUAUCACAAAAGAAGCCAAAGCUAUCCUUACGAAGCCCGGAUGGGAUCGACGUAAAGGACUGAGCUACAUACACACACGAGUGCUACCGACACUUGUACGUACGCUGUACAUCUCUCUGGCAUACUACCUCGCAGAAGUCAACACGAUGAAGCGAAUGUCGUAUGAACAACUGAAUGCAUCGAAAAGCGUGGUAAAGGCUAUCGUCCACCUCGUAAAUCGAGUCAAAUAUGCCAGGCCAACAUAUCAUCGAUCACAAGAUGUUAUCUCCAUGGUCGCCAGGAUAAAGGAGACAGCCGAAAUCUUCGAUCGACUGCUGAGAGCAUACAGACAGCAGAAAGCAGUGGCGGACUCUGCCCAAUGGCAGCAAACUCAGGAAUUACGACAGGAAGUAUGUGAUCGAGAAGAAGCAUUUGAGUUGGAACUGAGAGAAUGGAGACAGCGUUGGCGAGUGCUCCAUGACCAAAGGCUUGGUGCGGAAAUGGAGGGUCGCACUCUUCUGAAUCGCGAACAAGGCCAUCACUUGCGGCAUAUUCCGCUUGACAAUCCUCAUGUUCUUCCUCCUUACUGGGAUGCAGAGGCGCAUGUUGCCUUUCUGGUUGACGGACUCCAGAGAUUCGCAGGACCCAACGUGUAUCGAGAGAUUUUUCGCGAAUAUUGUGUGUAUUCUGGACCCCUUCGGGCUUUCAACGUGGCAGAGAUAAUCGAUAAAGCGGUCUCGCUCAAGCAACAAUUGGUGAAAUUGGCUGAGGAGGACGAAGAAGAGGUUGAUCAGUGGGUCAAUGCUAUAUUCGAUCCUCGAGUGCCUCCGGAGGGCUUGCGUCGAGGCGGGCAUCAUUUUCAAGGCUAG